UGUUGUUCAUGUACUUCACAAAUAUAUCUACUGCCCAGACUACUGACUGUCUGCAAUUGAGGGAGCAAUGUAUAAAUGCUGCAAAUGGAUGUGAGAGUGUCUGGAAAGUUGUUGAAGAUGUCUGCAAUAUUUCAGGUAAUAGGUGCAAGGCAGAAGACAAUAUUGGAUGUAAUAGAAUCAUCCAGAUCCUGGCCGAUGAAUACCCAGAAUUUAGAAACUGUGUCUGUACUACAGAUGAUUUCUGUAGCAUCACAACUUUUCUUGGGAAACAGUGCAGCAUUAAUAAAGAGAAUUUGGAAACUUCCUCAAGAUCAGGUACUGAAUUGAGUUUUAGGCAACAGAGAAACCCCGAAGACCAAAGACACCCAGAAGAAUCAGAGACCAACUGCAAUAUUGCAAAACAACGCUGUCAAGAAGACCCUUACUGCUUUUUAGUGUAUAAGAACUUCCAGAGAGCAUGUCAGGGGGACGCAGCCAAAUGCAGGCUCCUGACGGUCAACCAGGAAUGUUUGUCAGUGUGGAGAGAACUGAGGAGAACAGUGCUGGGAGAGUGCAAGUGCUCAGAACCACUUCAGAUGAGAUGCGUUAAGAUAUGGAAGGGAAUAUUUAAGAACUCAUGUUUACAACAAUCUCAAGAGAGCCAAGCUUCAGCAGCUGGCAAAAAUGAUGAUGAAGAUGACAAUGAUGGUGAUGAUGUUGAUGAUGAGAACAAUCAGGACACUGACACAGACAGUAUAAAUAUAGAAACAAAAUUACAAUGGAGUUUAUCUGCUCUCUCCAGACAAGCAUACACAGUAAACAGAACCUGUUUGGAUGUCAACAAGGAGUGUGUUGAAGAUGAAGUAUGUAACAAACAGUUGUCCCUGUACCUUAAGGUUUGCUCAUUAAAUAAGAAGUGUAACAUGGAAGAAUGUCAAGCAGCCAUAAGGUUCUUCUAUCAAAAUAUGCCUUCUGAAGUUGCCCAAAUUAUGACGUUUUGUGAUUGCAUCCCGUUUGAUGAAUCCUGCCACAGAGCCAAAGACCUUCUCCAUGGCAAGCCGUGUGCAGUUACUGCAGUUCCACUCCCAUCAUGUCUGAAUGUGAUCCACAGGUGUGAAGAGGAUGAGUCAUGCAGGAAAAAAUACACAACAUUUCGGUCAAAGUGUUGGAGACAUGUGACCAAAAAAUGUUACAGUGAUGAAGCUUGUCUUGAAACUUUACUCAAGGAUGACAUGCCCUGUUCUGCAAACUCCGAUUGCAAAGCAGCCUACAUGAGCAACUGGGGCACGAUGCUGCGCCUGGAGUGCACUUGCCGUGAUUUACCUCCCGCAGAGCAGUCUUUGUGCAACCUCUUCCAUCACAUGCUUCACAGCAAAACCUGCUUCAGCAAGUUACAUGCUAGCUGUAAUGCAGCUAAACUGAAGGGAGAGACAAUUAUGGGUUUGAUUGUAAAGCACAGUGUUAAAUUCCAUUAUCUGCAUGGCAGAUCAGAGAGUGGAGUGAGCACUCUGUUGCAGACCUCAUCCAAUGCCUCCUGCAAACCUAUUCAUCUGGAUUUUGGAUACGGACUUUCACUUUUCCAGUGGUGA